AUGAACGGGUGCGACGACCUUCUCGGGGAUAUCGACUGGCAUUCAGCACUGGCCAAGACCUCUGCGUUUCUGAGUGACGGCAGAAGUGUGAAGUGGUUCCCCGAGUAUGGUUGUGCACUGCUCGCCAUUGGUAGCCCGUGCGCCCUGGGCGGGCCUCUCGUGCGCCGGAACCUGUCGCUUGUCGGUCUCGACAACUGGAAGCUCGCUUCGCGCUGGUUGAACCCUCCCAGCGCUCCGAGCACCCUUCAAUACGGAUCGGAUGCUGGAAGCCCUUCCGUCGUUCACGUGGGAAUCAUUGAAGAGGCGAACCUUGACCUUCUGCUCAGAAACCUCAACAAGAACCUAGCUCAGGCCAGUGAGAGGCAUGGCGACAAACGCACUGCGGUAGGAGGCAAGCAAGGCCACCAAAAGACCCCUUCCAUGAUCGAAGCCUUACUACGAGACGCGAAAGCCGCCCUCGACGGAGCGAGCGCGUGUCACCCACCUCGAGGGGGCUUCACCGACGUCGGUCUUCACACAGGCGGCAGACCGAGGGAAACUGCGUGGCCGCUGACUCUCGCCGUUUUUCAGGCUGGGCUGAUACGCCACGGGAACGUCAACGCCCCCGGGUAUCCUCGAGGUGGCCCCGAUCUGCUGGGAGUUCUUUUCGAUGUGGUGAUCGCCGACUUUUACCUGACUUUGCUCGAGCAGCACAUUGUUCGUCUAUCAGGGGCCGCAGAGGACCUCAACAAAGGCAUGCGAAUGCUGGAGUCGGCUGCGCACCGAGCUGGAGUUCUCGCCGAUGAUGGCGACGCCAUGCCGAGGGUUGCAAAAAGGGUCGAGAAAGCCCGCCAAAGCCUGAGCAGUCUCAGGUCGGAGCGCAUGGUGUCGGCCGCUGCCGACUUCAAUAUUUCGAACGGGACAGAUGCCUUCGCGGAUGGUCACCUGCGGCUUCCAAAAGUGGUGCUUUCCGCCCCGCUGCCACGCCGCUCUGCUGGUGAAGGAGGCUUAGAUGAGGCACGAUCGCGUUCCACUAAGAAUCUCUCGCCCUUGCCGAGCUUCACCCGGGAAGCCCUCACGACGCUGACCUCGGAAAGCAUGGCCGAUAUCACCAGCUGGGUUAUACGUGAUGGCUUGAGCGGGGAACUACCAGCGCAGGUAAUACUGGCGGAAGUGGAGGGUCUGCUCUUCACAACCGCGGCUUCGUCGGCUAUCGAAAGUGCCGCUCAGACACUACGGGCUGGUGACCUUGUGGAGCUCAAGGCCCUCGUGAAUACGUACAGGUCCGUGCUUGCCGGUUUUCUGGACGCCCAUUCGGGAGACGGUGGUUCCUGCAUGGUGGUCGAACGCCAUUCUCGAGAGACACUGGUAUGCCUGAUAGCGUAUGCUGUUGCCUUCGCCGUAACUCGGGGCGUGCUGUGGCCGGAGGAAAUGGAGGAGUUCGGCGUUUGUCUACGGGCGGCUGAUCUUCAGCAUUUGGUGCUAGCCGACAAGCUGGCGGUCGACGCUGCUUUGAACUUGGCAGACUACCUCACUUCUGCCAACCGCGGGACAGAGAAGGAAAUAUUUUCCUUAGCCGAUGGAGGGAGGGCGACGUUUUGUCUGGCUUUCAAGGUGGCAGGUGGAAGUCCCGACCUGCAGCGAAUAUGGGAAAGCGAGGUGGUGGCCGCGAACCGCCGCCGCGAUGCGCACUGGGCCAAGGUGGAAGCCCAGCAAGCGGAGCUCGUCCAACUCCGUAUGGAACUCCUAUCGCAUGAUGAGGAGCUAGCUGACAACCAAGCAGCAUUCGCACUGGCAAGACAUUCGAGGGAUACAUCGUCUGACGGACGAUCUAACAAGACCCGCGGCUGUCGUAGGCAUCUGCAUUGCCCGGGUGGUUGUACAUGCCGCCGAUGCAGCAACUGCAGGAGCCUGAAACUCGCCUGUUCGUAUGUUGAAGCUGAGAUUGCCACCAUCAAAUGGAAGGUGAGGGAGGCGAAGACUCUCCUGCCGGUGCGACAGCCGUUGCCGCAAUGCAGAGAGGCUGCGCUCCGGGUGCUGUUCUUCUUGCACAUGCCGGUUGAGUUUCGGUCACUAUCGUACCUGAGUUUCCAGGCCCAGCAGAUGAUCCUGCCACGGGAUUGGGACGCCAACGUCACGGAUGCCGUGAAGACGGCCAACAUGGACCUUUGGUCGGCAUACUACAACAGCCACCAACCUGCGGUACGGGGUCACGACGGGGGCGUCCAACUCGGGUACUGCGGGGACCUAGGGCAACCAGAGACGAUGGUGGAUAGAUGCACGGACCCCUCAGAUGGCGUUUGGCACCCAGAUUCCCUGGCCCCGGGCUACAUGCUGUGGCAAGGGGGUUCGUUUUCUCGGCAAUUCUGCUUCGACCCGCUUUCGCCGAAUGUCCGUCCGGAGUGGGUAGUGCGCGGGUUCACGGAGGAGUUGCUAGAGCAGGACCAGUCGCUGCAAUGGGCGAUGCCGCAGUACGGUAUCGGCAAGACGAGCGCUGAAAGAGGAAACAUUUCAAUCGCGAGCCAGGGCGACGCGGUAGGGUUCAGCAAACGGGAAUAUCUCGCGUUUGGCGGGUUGCGGGCCUAUCCGUUGCAGCAGCUUCGUAAGCUAGCCCUGGUGCUCCGUGAUCGCAGCUUGCCUCUGGAUCACCCUGCGGUUCGCACAUUGAUGUCUCAAGCGCUUUUCCAUAUCGGGGAGCUCUCCGAUUCCUCCCCGGCGACCUUGCUCUGGCGAAAUGACCAGGAGGACAUCUUUUCUACGCUAGUCGACGAGCUACAGGUUCGUAUCGAGGAGAUCGAGCACACACCACGACAACACCGUACGAUGCAGCUUCUUGUUGAUGUGGCAGUUUACGUUGGCCACUGGAACGGCAAUUGUCAGGAUCUUGUUCGGUCGAAGCUGGUGGCGAUUCCCCGGAAGUGGGCCAUUGAUACCUACCGCCAGGCCGACGAAGCUGAGGCGAACCAGCUCGGAGACGCGGUCGUUUCUUCCCUGAUUGCCAAGCAGUGUGUGUACUUCAUGUACGGCGUACUGUGCUACGGUGGUAGUGCGUCUCUCUCCGCUGCCGACACCGCCCAGCUGUGCGAGCUACAGAUUCUUGCACACAACCGUCGCCUGUUUGCAGAGGGAUGGAUAGAGCUAGAGGCGGAAAGCUCCGCUCUCCAGGUCCGAUGCCUGAAUGUGCUGGCAAAGCGAAGGGGCGAUAUUGUACAGCAGGCUAGGAUCGAUCCCGGGUUCCUCACCACCGCCAUCCGGCUGGUGCUGAAGGACACACCGACUCAGCUUGCAUGGAACCCGAUAUCGGGCAGCACGGCGUGUUUUGAGGCGCAGCACGAAGGGCAUCUUUACACCGUCAAUCUUCUGACAGGCGUAGUGCUGUUUGACGGGGAGCCACCAAGUCGCUUGCCGGGGGACAUCACGAAGGAUGACCUCUAUCGCAGAGUCUUUGGCAAAGCCAGGUUCGAAGUCUCCUUUGCUUCAGGCGGAGCAUUCAGGACCACCCGGACGGGCGAUGGCCGAUUCUACGAAUUCUCGCGUGUAGAUGUGAGCGGUGAGCUGGUGGUGGAAGAGUUCGACGAACGUCUUGGAGAACGCCUAGAAUUGCUGCGUCCCGACGGCUCUUGGGCAAAGGAACUGCCCGUCAGGCUUCGGAGCAUGCACAGCCAUUGGCUGUGCCGGGAGCACAACGCCAUCGUCCUACGCUCGAUUGAGUUCAGCGCGCGCCACGUCUUCUUCGUCGGGAGGUGCAGUCGACCUGACGGCGGUCCCGUCUCGUUCUAUCUUGUGCCCCCUCACCUUCGAUCGCACGAAUGGAAUGAGAUUCUGUUGGAGGCGGAAGGGAAGGGAGAAUGCCUCGGUUCCAGUGGGAAGCUUGUCCUCGCCGACGCGGACAACAUCGUGAUGAAGACCUUCGCGAAGUUCGAGCCUCGGGCUUUCGGCCAGAACGCGGUGAUCCACACUUACCUGCAGCCCGACGGUGGGCUGACGAUCGACCUGCCUAGAUUUGAGCUCGAGUUCAAAGUCGACCCUCCGCCGAACGAUCCCAGAGGACGUGAAGACGCGAGCGGUAUCCACUGCGCGAGCCACCGCGGUUACCAGCUGGCGUGCGCCCAGCAGCUCGACGACACUCUCCCGGAGCUGAGCCGCUACCUGGUCCUUGUUCGCGAAGACGGGGACACAAAGAUCGUUGUUCCUCGAGGCAGUGUGGCGGUGAGGGAGGGAGCCACACCGCGAGUGUGGAUCCAGUGCAGCAACGAAGCUAGCGAAGACGCCGAGAUGAAGGUGUUUUCCUACAGCCUGCACCGGCGGUGGAACCAACCGGACGCGGGUGGCUUAUCGGCUCGGCUUCAGCUUGCGGCAAUGUUUGCUGCCACCGGCACGCUCCUGCCUGACCCCCGGGCGGGCAAGACCGGCUCCGAGAAGGCCAUCGAGCUCGUCCGUCGGUGCGCCGUGAACCACCCAUUGCAGCCCGGUGACCGAGACCAGCUGCUGACGGUGCUGGAUUUAUCCGGCACGACUCCGGCUUUGGCGCUUCUGUGCGGCGAUUUGCUGGAGAGUAGCAACUGUGUCGAUUUUCUGCACCCCACAGAGCCGCUCGGACCAUUGCCAUCGGGGCUUCUGCGCAGCCUAGAAGACGCAGCGACUGCUUACGAGGGAGAGUGUGAGACUUCUCGGUGGAACAUUCGACGGCGUCUUACCGCCGUCGAGGAGGUGAGAAUCUUCGGCGGUCGGAUCGCAGGCGCUCGCCCAUUCAUGCGACAGAGGCGCUUUUUCGAGUUCGGCUCGGUCGACUUGCCACGCUGCCCGGUACGCACGGAGUCUGUCCACGCUGCGGAGGUUGCUGUGUGGGAGAUGAAGGACGUCAUGUUGGCGAGCACUACUCCUGCUUCUGAUGUUUCACGCACGGGGCACGCCUAUCCACUCGAAGUGCCCCUAGACGGCGAUGUUCUAACAAAGGACAUGCACGCCGAGCUGCGCGGCAGCUGGGAGACACACCAGCUGUCUCCACCGCAACAUUCACCAGUGCCUUCGGCGGUGCUGCAGCGCCUUCGAGAUGACUUUAGCGACAAGCUAAGGCAGGUUUCAUCGAUGCGGGAACGGCUUGAGCAGCACUUGCUCGGCGCCCUCGUCAACUUUGGAAAGGACGAUAGGUAUGCCACGUCGUACCACAUUGAGCGCCUGGCCAACCUCCUGCCUACCCCUUCCGUCGAAGACUUGCCUUCGGUCCUUUGGUCGGACGGGCGUGCUCGAACGUUCAACCCGUUCUUGACGGAGGAGGCCUCCACGGAGAUAGAGGCGGCCGUGGUGCUGUGGCUUCGGUGUUGCGUGCUCGAAGACAAGUUGGGCAGGCUCAAGCGGUGGACAGUAAAGCCAGGAGCGGAGGCAUUAGUGUGGCAGGAGAUCCAGGUGAAGAGAACGUGGUCUCCGGAAGCAUAUCCGCGAUGGCUGGCUUUUGAAGUCGACUCAGGGCUGCAAAUCCGACCUGCUCAAGCCGAGGUAGCCCUUCACAUGAUCGAUCACCCCGGUGACAUCGUGCAACUGAACAUGGGAGAAGGAAAGACGCGGGUUAUCCUGCCGCUGCUAGUUCUGCACUGGACAACGCAUCGGCAGGAUGCCGCCGUGGUGCGCUUACAUUUUCUGAGCGCCCUGAUCGGUGAAGCGUUCGACUUUCUGCACCAUGCCCUAACUGGGUCCCUCCUCGGAUGUGCGCUGUUCCUACUACCCUUCAACCGUGACGUGAACCUGACGCUUGCGGGGGCCCGAGCCAUGCGUGGCUGUCUCGAACGCUGCCUCUGUGAGGGAGGGGCGAUGCUGGUUACACCUGAACACAGACAGUCGCUCCACCUGAAGGGCCUGGAGCUGCUCGAGGUCGCCCCGGAGAUCAGCAACGAGAUCGGACGCUUGGAAGAAAUGCCCUUCAGGGACAUUUUCGACGAGAGCGACGAGCUCUUCCACCACCGGAAGCAACUCGUGUACGCGGUCGGUGGGCUGGAGCCACUUCCGUCUCAGGCCGACCGCGUCCAGGCUGUGCAAGCGAUGCUACGUGUGCUGAAGCACCGCCACAGGAACCCAGAGCUAGCAGGGAUGCUGUCCAACCGCAACGUUACGGUAGAAGAGGUUAGUUGCCGGCCGGAGCAGUUUGGGCACCUACGCCUCUUCCCGGGGCGUGCCUUGGACGACAUCAAGGGUGAGCUGCACCGGGCGCUUUUCGACUCGGUGACGAGCGACCCGCCGUACGAGAUGAGGUGGCUAGGCGACAUCGACGAAGCGAUGCGUGCUAAGCUGGCUACUCUGGUGCUGGACGAUGCGGUGAGCGCUCAUCACGUGCUCGAGAGAUCGGCGCUCGCGGACGAGUCCCAGUGGGCGCAGGUCCUCGCCCUUCGGGGGUUGCUCGCACAUGGAACCCUUCUACACUGUCUGCAGAGCCGCCCGAGGGUGAACUACGGGGUUUCUCGCACGGCAGAGGCGAAGAAGAGGCUGGCGGUUCCCUUCAGGGCCAGCAACACGCCGGCAGACCGCUCUGAGUUCCGGCAGCCAGACGUGGCCAUCGUGUAUACCGUGCUAUCCUACUACUACGAUGGUCUGUCACGAGCCGAGCUUAAACAGGUCUUGAAGGCGUUGCUGGCGGAUGUUCCCGAGAGUGCCCAAGUCGAUAUUUACAGCACCUGGUUGGACGAGGUGCGGCCGGCGGAAGUCGACUUGGUGCAAAUGGACGACGUCCUCAAGCUUGACCUCACCAACCAGCCGCAGAUGGACAUCCUCUACCGCUACUUCGCGCACAACUUCGAGGUCAUCAACAGCUGGCUGAACUUCGUGGUUCUGCCCGCCGAGACGAAGCUGUGUCCGAAAUAUGUCGGCACCAAUUCUUGGUUCCUCGCCGAGAAUAGGACCGGCGCAACUUCAGGGUUCUCCGGGACCAACGAUUCCCACCGCCUCCUGCCGCUACAGGUGCGCAAGAACCGCGACGACAGCCUGGCCUCGCUCUGCAGCACGAACGGGAAGAUGCUCGAUCUCCUGCUGCGGACCGAGCGAUACGUCACACUCGAGGUAGUUCCAGACGCAGAGAGUAUCGGCGAGGCGCCCCCUGAAGAGUGGAAGAAUCUCCUCAAUUUGUGCGUGGAAGAGGGGACGAAUGUUCUUGUCGACUGUGGCGCCCUCUUGCGGAAGGUUUCAAGCAAAGAAGCGGCCGCGUUUCUGCUGUCGCCCGAGCGGAGCCUGUCGAAAGACUUCCGCGGCGUGGUCUUCUUCGACGCCAGCCAGCGGACAGCGGCAGUUGGUGGAGAGUGGAUGGUGCUCGACCGUGUCGGGCGCUGCGUGGCCCUCAGCGGAUCCUCCAUCCAGACUUCCGAGUCAUUUUGCAUCUACGACGAGGCCCGCUGCCGAGGCGCCGACCUGAAGCUGUCCGCCGACGCCAAGGCGUUGCUGACUAUCGGACCCAAGAACGGAAAGGACAAAGUCAUGCAGGCUGCCGGCCGCCUUCGACUGCUAGGGCGCAGCAACCAGGCCAUCGUCUUUGUCGGUACGCCAGACGUUUCAACCCAGAUCCGAGAGGUGUCCGGCGUUUCCGGCAACGACACCAUUACGUCCCAACACGUUCUGGGAUACAUAAUGGCCAACACCGUCGAGGCUACGCGGUCUGGACUUCUUACGUGGGCUGGCCAGGGGCUGGAGUUUUUGGCGACUUUUGCCCGACCCGACCGCGCCGAGCAGGACGAAGUUACAACCCUUGACGCCGCCUACGGCGCCGGGUACACCCGUGCCACGGUCGACAGCGCGGUGUCCAUGUUGGUCGACCAGCACCGUACCCGCUACAAAGGCGACGUCCACAAGCCCCAACUUUGCCAGGAGAUAGCUGCGAGGACGUCGCAGUACGGGAAAACCGUGUACACGUCCAGAAGCUCAGCGAUAGGAGGAGAGUGUGAGCGGGAGAUGGAGCUCGAGUUGGAAGAAGAGGAGGAAGUGGAGCGGCACGUGGCGAAGAAGUUGCCCCGCGAAGAGACCGAUUGGCCCUACGCCUCCGCAUUGUCGGUGGAAUCACCAGAUCAGCUUCCGUCUUCGGCCAAGGAAGUCCUGGGUGCAGCAAGUCUUUGA